AUGUCCACUAAAAGAAGUGCCGUUUGGGAUUAUUUCACUCAAAAUUCCAGGGGCACUAGUAAAGUUAAGUGUAAUUUAUGUUUUUCACAGUUAGCUUGUAAGAAUGGAUCAACGCCUAACAUGACGCGACAUUUGAAAUUAAAGCACCCUACAAUAAAUAUAAAGGAUAGAAGAAAGACAUUCAAUAUAGAAGAACAAGAGGUGGAAUUAGAUGCCGAUGAUAUAAAUACGCCGGGUACUAGUACACAACGAUUAAACGUUAUUGAUAAAACAAAUACGCCGGGUACUAGUACACAAGGAUUAAACGUUAUCGAUGAUUUAAAUACGCCCGGUACUAGUACACAACGAUUAAACUUCGAUGAAAUAAAUGUCCCCGGUUCUAGUACCAGCGAUUUGACAAGUACCAGCGAAUUGACUACAACUAGAAAUGUGUCAAAAACAAAACAACUCGCUAUUAGUGGAUUCAUUAAAAAACCAAUAGGACUUUCGAGAAGACACGCACUUGAUAGGCAAUUGUUAAAAUUCAUCGUUACUGAUUACCAACCAUUCAAUAUUGUAGAAAGUCGUAAUUUCAAAAAGUUCGUUCGAAUGUUAAACCUCAAUUAUGAACUUCCCAGCCGAAAAGUGCAGUCCAGUUUGCCAACAAUCGCAGAUACAGUAGACAAAGUCAAGUCAGUGGUGGAAUUUUUCAAGAGGAGCUCAUCAGCAACUGAGAAAUUAAAACUUAGUCAAAAGCGGAUGGGAUGUAAAGUCCUUAAACUAAAACAAGAUUGUCCUACUCGAUGGAACUCAACAUAUGAAAUGUUAAGCAGGUUUCAUCAAAAUAAGGAAUCUUUACAUGAUUCUGUGAGUAAUCUAGUCGAUAAAUUGUAUGAGGAAGUUACAAGCAGAUUUAAAAGAAAAUAUCGAAAUAUAGAUUUAAUAUGGGAGGCAAAAUUUUUAGAUCCACGAUUUAAACAACAUGGAUUUCACGACGAUGACAGUUUUAAACGAAUUAAAGAAAUUAUAAUUAAUAAAUGUUGUCAGAUAAAAGAGGGGGAUAAAGUUACUAAACCAACUGAUGACUCUUUGGCAAUACCUACUUCUUCGACAUCUUCAAAACGAUCACGUUUUGGUGACAUGUGGUCUGAAUUUGAUUCGACUGUGGACACUAUAUUAAAAAAGUCUGCUAACUCGCGUGCCGCUGCCAUUAUUGAGGUUGAUAAAUAUUUACACAUGCCACUAAUUUCUCGCAAAGAUGAUCCACUUUUGUGGUGGAAAGGAAAUAAGAGUUUGUUUCCCAGUCUAUUUGAACUGAUGCAAAGAAGACUUUGCAUUCCAGCUACAUCUGUACCUUCUGAAAGAAUAUUUUCUAAAACAGGACAGAUCAUAACUGAGAGACGAAAUCGUUUAAGUGUUGAAAAGUCCACAAAAAUUAUAUUUCUAAACAGCUAUUUUAAUAACUAUGAUUGUAACUAA